AUGACACCUGCUGUCGCGCUCGCCAAAGCGCUUAUGGACGCAUUCGACUCCGGGUCGGAGCUGAGCAGUGUGGGAUCUGACGAAGAGGCGCGCGUGGACUCGGUGCUAGUGCCUUCAUCCUCCGAAAAGCGCAAGGAUGGUUCCGAGAACAAGAAGCGGCCGAAACGACCGCGUGUGGAACAAGAGGCUCAGAGUGACAGCGAGUACGAAUCGGACGCUGUCGUGAAGCAGGAGAAGCCGCGUAUCAAGCCAGCAAAACAGCCUCUGAAGAGAACUGCGGCGCCAACCACAGCUUCUAAAGCGGCAACGCCGAAUCCAGUCUCUAAUUCAGCACCUAAACCGACGCCCAAGCAGACGACGCCGAACCCAGCGCACACACAAGCCGACGGUUUGGAAAGCACAGCUAUUGCGACAGAAUCACAACGCCCUACUCCGCGACCCAAGCCAGAGAAGAGCUUUGCGAGUAAUAUGAGCGGGUGGGAUCAACUGUUUGGCCCGAUUGCAAAUGCGACGCCGAAGCAGACAGAUACGCGGCUUAAGGAUGAGACGCCUGAGCAGCGCGCCGCCAUUGAGGAGCAGCGCGUUAAGGAGCGCGGAGAAGCGCAGCGCAUACGCGAUGCACAGGCUAAAGAGGAGCGCGCCAGGGAGCAGCAGCAAAAGGAGGUGAAAGAGCGCGAGCAAGCGCGUCAGCAACAGCAGGUCCCGCCGCCGCCUGUGCGACCAGCAGAAGUGCGUACACCACAAUCGGUGAGUGGCGAGGCACUUGCGGCACACCGCACGCGCCUACGGAAGGAGGUAUAUGACACAUCGAACCAAAUGGACUUGCUUUCGGGGAGUCGAGCGAUUACAGGGUUCGAGGAAGAUAUGGGCACUGAGCGGCGCCAUUUGCGUGCGUCGCGCUUUGGUGCUGGAUUGCACCACCUAUCCAAGGACAAGUAG